UCUGGGGUAUGAGGGAGUGGGGGGGUAAGCCGUCAAGGGUAGCGAGGGGGCGCGACAAGGCGUGCGGCCAGAGCGCCCGAGGCCAGGCCCGGACCCGCGGGCGGUCGCGACUGGAGCCGGGAAGUAGAGGGGCUCAGACGAUGCGAGAAAAAUUGUGGAUGCCCUGGAACGGGCUCAUCGUGAUCGGGAAGAGAAUGGAGCUCCUGGGUAGAAACACGCAAAAGCCUAGGAUGUGGGACCCGAAGCUUGAGUCUGAGGACUGGAGACUGGAAGAUGUGGAAAAGACAGCGUUGAGAGGAAAAUCAGGCCGGAGUCAGGAAAGGAUGGAUGUGAAACGAGUGCGCAGUGUAGCAAGUGCAUUACCAGCUUCAGCUGGUUUGCAGAAAGACAACUCAAAGGAGGUGUGGGGAAGGCGAGAAGUCAGACACAAAAUAGAAGCUGAAUCUGAGAAUGCAGGGACUACAGCAGGGUCUAGGAGGGGGUCCGAGAUUAAAGAGAGGUUGAAGUUUACUGGAGUGGGAACCAGUGGAGAGGACUUGAGAUCCAGAGGCUACAAACUCGGGCAGAAUGAGGAACGGCGGUCAAGUGGAGAGAAGCUGAGAUCGAGUGCAGAGAAGCUGAGUUCAAGUGGAGAGAAGCUGAGGUCGAGUGGGGAGAAGCUGAGGUCGAGUGGGGAGAAGCUGAGGUCGAGUGGGGAGAAGCUGAGGUCGAGUGGGGAGAAGCUGAGGUCGAGUGGAGAGAAGCUGGUGUUCCGGGGAGAGAGGCGGGGAUCCAGGGGAGAGAAGCUGGGAACUAGUGGAGAGGAUUCGAGAUCCACUGGGGAUAAGCGUCGGUCAAGUGCAGAGAAGCUGGGAUCCAGUAGGGAGAAGCUGGGGACUAGUGGAGAGAAGUUGGAGCAUUCAAGAAUGGGGAGCAUAAAUGAAGAGAAAAUUGAAAGAGUGGUGGAAGUUACUGGUGAUGAAAUAUUGAUAGAAAUUACUGAUGCUGAGAUGGAAAUUCCUUUUGAAAGAGUAGAGGAGAAUGAUGAAGAGACUGAGGAAGGGGUGUAGGUUAAGGAGGGUGUCUGGGGUGCAGUAAAUGAUCAUACUGAUGAAUCUGUUUAUAUGGAAGAGAGAGGUUAUAGAUGAAGGUACCAGUGAAUGAGACAGAUGAAGGAUUUAAAGGUAAAGAAGGAAGAAGAAAUAGGGGAAGUAUCGCAAGUCAAAGAGGAGAUAUUAGAGCCAAGCAGAGAGAAAAGAGAGCAUCUGAGCCUAAGAGAAGAGAGAGUGGGGAUGAAGAGCUACUGGGGAUGAAGGAAGACGGAGACCAGGACCAAAGGAAGUGAAGAAGAGUGAUAAAGAGGGAAAUGGAACAUUUUGAGAAGAAAGAGGAGAUUUGUUAAUCUAUUGAUAGGUAGAGGAACAGUGGACAUUGGUUUCUUGGAAAAGACUGAGGAGCUUGUAGAGAAAUAUUUGAGAAAUGGAUUUAGGAUGGGCUAGAAGGAUUUAGUUUAACACAUGAUUGAGUUUAUGAGAUGUAGGAGAGUGCAUAGUGAGAAAAAUGGAAAGUUACAGCAGGAUAAGGCUAGGUCAUGAAGGUUGUGGAAGGAGACGCAGGCUGGAGUGAACAAUUUCUGAAAGAGGAUCCUAAAGAAGAAUGAGGGGCUCCAAAGAAACAAAGGCAAGAGCAGAGAUGAGAAAAUAAAGAAGCGAAGAAAAAAAAUUUCUGCCUUCCCAAGACCACCCACUCCUGACCUCCUCUGGUGAUUAUCUGAGUACUGAGAAAUUGUUGCCUCUCGUAAGAGGCCUGCACAGACACCAGGUCAAGACGGGCAGUUUUCGGUUGUGUGGGUCUCUCAGAUUGCGCCUUGGAGUGUAUAAAUUGUGAACCAAGUAAUCAGACUUGUUCUUUGGCUGGGUUACAUUUUCUCCUGGAAUAUCAGAUGCAUUCCACUGAGACCACAGAAAGAAAAAGUGAAGAUCAAGAAACCAUGACACCACCUUCACCAGGACUAUCAACCCUUCUCAAGCCUCCCAGAACAUACGCCAAGAGCCCAGGCCCCCUCCUCCAUUCCUGGCGCGGGCGUGAUGGAAGAACCCUGAACUGGGACUCGGGGACCAGGGUCUCCAGAGUGAUCACGUCUCCCCAACUGAUCCUGGGUAGGUGAUGGGCACAGCCAGGUAAUCCCUAAGUUUCCCUCUACUUUGAGUUGCCUAGAGCUGCCGUGCCGUCUG